UAAUUAAGUAUUAUUAAAAAAUGAAAAGAGGCAAAGAAUUUUCCAAGCACCUUCCUCAAGCCAACCUCUGUUUCUGUUUUACUCCGUUCUUUGAACUUUCUUCUCUCUAGUCUCUUCUCUUGUACGUUUUAUCUUUACUUCUAUUGUAAACAAUAAUUUCCCAGUCACUUCUUUUCUGCUUUGCUUCUCUCCCUUCGUCAAGCAUGGCCUCAUCUUCGAUCCAUGAAGGUGGAGAGAUGGAUUUGGAGAAAGGAAUAGAUACACUUCAGUUGGGUCCGAAUUCCCUCAUGGAGGUUUCAGUAACACCAUCACCAUCAUCAACAGCAACAGCCCCAGCCCUGAUCCUAUCGAGUUAUGGCAAGCGUAUUGAUAGGAUGGGCAGUAGCCUCACCAGUUGCAGUUCCGGUAUCACAGAAUACUCAGCAACACCAUCUCCCUCCUCUACAGCAAUGGCCCCAGCUCUGAUCCUUUCUAAUUCUGGCAAGCGGAUUGACAGGAUGUCCAGUAGCCUCACCAGUUCCAGUUCCAGUUCUGGUAUCACAGAACACUCAGCAACACCAUCACCCUCGUCUACAGCAAUGGCCCCAGCUCUGGUCCUAUCAAAUUCUGGCAAGCGAAUUGACAGGAUGUCCAGUAGCCUCACCAGUUACAGUACUGGUACUGCAGAACCGUCAGCAACACCUUCUCCAUCAUCUACAGCAACAGCCCCAGCUCUGGUCCUAUCAAAUUCUGGCAAGCGCAUUGAUCAGGCUGGCAAAAAGAAAUAUGUGAAGCAGGUAACAGGACGCCAUAAUGACACUGAGCUGCACUUGGCAGCGCAGCGUGGUGAUCUGGCGGCUGUAAAGCAGAUUCUUGCUGACAUUGAUUCGCAGAUUAUGAGGACUGCAAGUGGGGAAGAUUUUGAUACGGAGGUCUCAGAGAUACAAGCAAGUGUGGUAAAUGAAGUGAAUGAGUUGGGGGAGACAGCCUUGUUUACAGCUGCAGAGAAAGGGCAUCUUGAUGUUGUCAAGGAGUUGUUAAAAUACUCAAAUAAAGAAACUGUUACUAAGAAGAAUAAAUCUGGGUUUGAUCCCUUGCAUAUUGCUGCAAGUCAAGGGCACCAUGCUAUUGUCCAAGUGCUGCUAGAUCAUGACCCUGGUCUAUGCCAAACAUUUGGGCCAUCAAAUGCAACCCCUCUCAUCUCUGCUGCUACCAAAGGGCAUACACAAGUAGUCAAUGAGCUGCUUUCAAGGGAUGGUAACUUGCUAGAGUGCACCAGAUCAAAUGGGAAAAAUGCUUUACAUCUAGCUGCUCGACCGGGGCAUGUAGAUGUUGUAAAAGCUUUGCUCAGCAAAGAUCCACAAUUGGCUAGAAGAACUGACAAGAAAGGGCAGACAGCAUUGCAUAUGGCGGUAAAAGGACAGAGCUGUGAGGUGGUGAAGUUGCUUCUUGAGGCCGAUGCUGCUAUUGUGAUGCUUCCAGACAAGUUUGGUAACACUGCAUUACAUGUAGCCACUAGGAAAAAGAGAGCAGAGAUAGUAAAUGAGUUGUUGUCCCUUCCUGACACGAAUGUCAAUGCACUCACCAGAGACCAUAAAACAGCCCUUGACAUAGCUGAGGGGCUUCCUCUCUCUGAAGAAUCCUCAGAUAUAAAGAGCUGCCUUUCUCGCUAUGGUGCUCUGAGAGCUAACGAACUGAAUCAACCAAGAGAUGAGUUGAGGCAGACAGUGACCCAAAUUAAGAAAGAUGUCCAUACACAGCUUGAACAAACCAAAAGAACCAACAAAAAUGUUCACAAUAUUUCAAAGGAACUUAGAAAACUCCACCGAGAAGGAAUCAACAAUGCCACCAAUUCAGUGACUGUGGUGGCUGUUCUAUUCGCAACUGUUGCUUUUGCAGCUAUAUUUACUGUGCCUGGAGGAGAUCUAGAUAGUGGAGUUGCUGUGGUUGUAAGCUCUUCUUCUUUCAAAAUCUUCUUCAUCUUCAAUGCUAUUGCUCUCUUCACCUCUUUGGCUGUUGUCGUUGUUCAAAUUACAUUGGUUAGAGGUGAAACCAAAGCAGAGAAACAGGUAGUGGAAGUCAUUAACAAGUUGAUGUGGUUGGCUUCUGUCUGUACUUCAGUUGCUUUUAUGGCCUCCUCUUACAUAGUGGUUGGCAGGAAACAUAAAUGGGCUGCAAUUUUGGUUACAGUUGUAGGGGGUCUGAUAAUGGCUGGGGUUCUUGGCACCAUGACUUAUUAUGUGGUGAAAUCCAAGAGGACAAGAAGGAAAAGGGGAAAGAAUUCACGGAGAAGUGGAUCCAACUCUUGGCAUCAUUCUGACUUAACUAAUUCAGAGGUUGAAGUUGAUAGGAUUUAUGCUCUCUGAUAUGCAAAGCUAUAGCUUCUGGAAAAGGGGAAGGGAAGAUGAAUGUUAUAAAUUACAAAAAUAAAAAAGUCCUAAUAUGCCGAAGAUUGGAUUAAAUAAGAAUAGUAAUUUUUCGCCUCUGCUUGGUAGCUAGUAUAUAUGCAUACCCUACUUUCAUGACCAUGGCUUGCAAGGUACGUGCAAUUUGAACUACUAAUUCGAGGAAGGCUUUUUAGUUAAGGAAGAAAUAAGAGUGAGGAAUGUGGCAAUUUGUUGUAUGUCCUGUGAGUUUGUUGUAGUACUUUCUUGGGUGGCAAAAGGCAUGAGUUUUGAUUCAUAAGUUGAUGGUCGUGUUACCAAAUGGCUGUGCUUUCUCCAUGCUUUUUCUUUCUAUGCAAGAAAUGGAAGUCAUGAAUAAUAUCAGCUUGAAAUAUGACUCAUGAUAUCCUGGAGCUGACACUCAUAAAACUGCUUCAUAUCUCAUUUGGGAUAUUGAUCAGCCAUCAUUGCCCUAAAUCAGCCUGUUUUGAUGGAUUCGAACCACUGACGGCAUCGAUUAAAAGCCUAGCCUUGAAAUGUAUGAAUGAUUAAAUUUUUCUCUGAGUAAACUGUGUUGCUACAAA